UGAAGCUGAGAUGUCACCACAACUUAACCGGUUAACUGAGGCAGACUGAUCGGCUAUACGAUUUGGCAGGUUAUUUCCUUCAAAGGCAGAGAGGCAGCGAGAAAGAGAGGGAGCUGACGUGUCGUGUCCCUUGCAGGAAGAGCAACAUUUAGAGAGUCCACGUAUCUUGCUAUGACUCAGCCACGCAGCCCUUUGGCCUUUGGCAAUACUCCAGCUGUGAAGAUCUACACGUGCAUGUAGGAUUACUGAGCUGUGAUAGGAUCAACGCGGGGAGUGUUUGAGAGUGCACGGUGUCCACACGUGCCUUGGAAGCUCAGCGAGGGGGUGUCCCCCAGAGAUGCAUCGCUUCCGUGCGCUUUCAGUACACAAAGCUUAGUAAUCUGCAUCGCUGCGCAUACAUGUACAGUUGUUACGUCAAAAUACUACUGCCCAGAUCGGAUGACAGGCAUACGGAGUUCUAAAUAUCGUAUGUAGGAGUUCAGCAAGUUCAUUUGCCCAGAAAGUGUACUUGCAAGUCAUCAUGGACACAGAGGAAUAGCGUGGUUUGGAGGAAAGUGUUGUUCCUUUUAGUGUUCUCUGUACAUGUAUGUACAUGCAUGAUUCAGCGCUGGAGCUUUCUUUGGCUGCCUACAAGUGAUACAUGUAUUUAUAACUGAAAGGCUGUGUACUCAUAUGACCCAUCACAAUGUGAGAGUUUAUGUAGAAUCAGUCAAUUCUUCAGUUUGUACGAAGCUAUGUGAUGCACCUUUGGAUACAAUUUGUCAAUUAAAGUAAUUUGUGUUCAACGUUAAGGCAUUUCACUGGUGAGCAGUCUCCAUGAUGGGGAGUAAUCCAUCCUCAUUGGACCCUCAAGAGAGGGACCAAGGAGGGGGCACCAGUGGUAGUGAGACCUCUUCACUUCCACCUCGUACUGCAGGUGGCCCCUCCCCCUCUCCACCCCAUUUGCAGUGCCGUCAGCAGGUGCAAACGGGUCAUCCCCAUCAUCAGCAUGUGCUUCUCCGCGGAGAGGAAGCGCCGGAGCCUCCUUCCCUGUGCCAGGCCACGCCCAUUGUGGCCAAACAGGAGAAGGAGAAGAAGAAGAAAACCAGCUUGGCCUCACUGAAGAAACGCAUCGUCCGCAAGAAGAGGACAGGGAAGUCCUUAGACCAUGCCCGGGCGAUGAGGGAGAUGGCAUCAGCAUGGAAUCCCCUUGAUGUGUACGCGCUCGUUGAGGAAUAUGAUGCUCUCGCAGCUUUAAAAGAACUCACAAUUCAGACUGAUCUGGCCCGUCCGAUUGCCACCUCCUUGAAGGAUGACUUACUGGAUUUGUACGACUAUAAGUUCUGCUCGGAUAUUGAUUUCAUAUUCAGGGACACUGUUUUCCCUGUUCAUAGGGCUGUUUUGUCCUGCCGGUGUCCAUACUUCCGAAAGCUCAUGUCUCAGUAUCCCCAGUAUGGAGCCAAGGUUCCAGUCAAACUACGAGUUAGUGGCGUCAGUGUCAAUACAUUCUCAGCCCUGUUGCGCUACUUGUACUCGGGGGAUUUCAUUGCCCAGGACUCCCGUCUGGACAGCUUAGACACUCUGAUCCAGCUAGGGGAGAAAUUUGGCACCCCUAGUCCCCUUGAACACGAUUUCAGGCAUUUGCUGGAAACCGGAGAGUUCACAGAUGCCGUGCUUGUCUUCUCCUCUGACUUAGAAUUAGAGAAAUCAGAACUUACUUCUGAAGCAGCUUCAGCACAGCCAAUGCCACACAGAACCAGCUCACUGCGAUGCCACAAGGCUGUCCUGGCAGCACGUUCCCCAUUUUUUCGCAACCUUCUCCAGAAGAAGCAGCGAUCAGGGGAGGACUUGACCGAGAGAACGUUACAGACACCCACCAAAAUCGUCCUGGACGACUCGAUCAUACCAAAGAAGUACGCGCAGGUUUUACUGUACGCCAUUUAUCAGGAUGUGCUGGACUUGUCUCUAGUGUUGCCGGACAGCCCCAGUGUGGGGAGUUUAGGGGAAGCCCAAGCCAUGGCAGCAGGGAAGGCACCCAUGAGUAGGGUGGAAAUGGCCAUGGAACUGUACCAGAUAGCAAGAUUCCUGGAUCUAGGCUCUAUGGCACAAGCUUGUGAGGACACCCUAGCCAAUGCCAUCUGCUCAGACAACCUAGCUUCCAUCCUCAGCUGGAGCGCAGAGCCCCAUGGUUCCCGUUGGGUCCACCGGCAAGCCAUGCAUUACCUGAGAGAGGAGUUCUCUAGCAUCAGCAGCUCCCCAGUGCUCUCUGACCUCAGCAAGAUACUGCUUAAGAAGGCCAUCAAGUCAGACUUCUUACAGGCCAGUGAAGCUGAAGUGCUGAAGGCAGUAGUCAAGUGGGGAGAGCACCAACUUAUUAAACGGAUGGAGGACAGAGAACCCAAUCUGGUCAGCAACACCCAGCACAGCGUCAGCCGCAAAGGCAUCAAGCGACGCGACCUGGACAACCGGGAGCUGCGAGAGAUCAUCAGCGACCUGCUGCCCUUGGUCCGCCUGGACCACGUCAUCCCCCGCAGCCAUGAGACGCUGGCCAGUGCUGUCAAGCGGGGGCUCAUCCCCACCCCGCCCUCCCACAUGCUCCCCGGGGAUGAGCUGAGUGCCCCCCAGCACAGUCUGUGGGUGUCGGGCAAGCGGCGACGAAACCACCCCCGGCCAAGGCUGUUCACGCCCUAUGUGGAGGAGGCAAAGAGUAUAUUGGAUGAGCAGAUGGUGUCAGACAUCGACUCGGUACGCCUGAGACGAAUCCGCAUGUCCUACGUCCCUGACGCCCUCUAUAUGCUGGAAGACAGAGGGGAGUGCUCCUCCGAUACCAACACAAGUCAAAGACAGUCAGGACCACCAGCUGUUAUCACAAGUGCAUUUCCAACACUGGAUGAUGCCACAGUGAAAGCCAUGCUAGCCCGUGAGAAAGACCUCCACCGCUGCAGCGCCACACAGCGGGCUUACAGCCUGCGCUGCACAGACCGAGCAGCCGUGGCCCGGCAGAUCCGGACUCGCGUGGUACGGGAGUAUGGCCUGCCGGACGAGGCCACCGACAUCUUUGCCAGCUUGCCACGGGAGUAUGUCGGCGAGCAGCCUGAGGCUGAGACAGACACUGAGGUCUUUGGCAGGAAGUGGAAUGAGCCACCAGAUCUCCAACUCCAGAAUGAGCCAUCCGAGGCACCACAGGUGGCAGCCACUGCCCAGGUGGUUCCUAUGCUCAGCGAGAUCAUGCCAGACAUUGCUAUCCCAUCAGGCCCUGACCUCACCAUAGCAACGGCCCCGCCCAUCAACCAGAUGCUGCUGCGGGAACCGGAGCUAGGGGACAGCCACAGUCGAUCCAAAGGGGGUAGUGGGAGCAACAAGAGCGGGAAACCAGUCAAGGGGAACAAACACGGUCCUGAUCAGUGCACCGACGUAUGACAACUAGAGCAAACGCAUCGGAUUUUGAAUGUACCUUAGACUUACUUUUGUAUUUAAAAUACCGUGUGUUAUAGUAGGCACUGCUAUAUCUACCCUGAAAUGAAAUUAAUCUUAAAGAUGUAAACUUUUUUCCUGCCUGAGACAAGAAGACUUUGCUAAAUGUACAGGAAAUCUGUUUUGUGCUGUCUUUGUUGCCUGUACUUACUGGUUCAUAUUCAGAGAGGCUGAUACCCAGUGAUUUGGUAAUGUUGGAGCCAGCAUCCAUUUACUAAAUGGAAAUUUGACUGAAAACCGGAACUGCCUUGGAUUUGGAGAUAGAUUUGGCCUCCCAGCAAAGAUUUUGGUCUUGGCUGUGUGUGAGACAAUUCAAACUGGCAACUUUCACAAGUUAGCUUUGAUAUACACGCCAAGUGCAUAUAUGUAAAUGUUAAAAUUCCUUGAAAUCAUGAAGACCAAGAGGUGCACCAUCCCUUCUCUCAACUCCAGUCCAGAAAAACCAUGUAAAGAUCUUGUUCACUUGGAAUGGGCCCCUCCAGGAUGAAAUUGGACAUAGCAAGUGCCCAAAUAUACACGUAAUCUGCUUUUACUCUUUUGCCGUAUAUUGUGGUCACACAAGCUGCCCUGUUCGGAGUUUUAAUUUCGUCUGAACGGGCAUGCACUGUUGUUAUUUAUGUGACUGUUUGGUAAUUUUACUCUGUUUUUCAGCAGGAUUCUUGAUUUGACAUCUACUUGUUCUAAUUUGAACAUGUCAGUGUUGAUCCAACAAUAAGCAAAAUGGUCUAAAUGUGUAAAUUUCACACUUGGAUUCGUUGGCAUUUGGGGGAGGGGGUUCUGUUUCACUUUGUUUGGUACAUGUACAUUCAUAUACAGAGUCCCUGGCUAACUUUACCAGCUGCUACAGUUCCAACAGCUCUGGAGGCAGUGUAGAAGUCAAGGUGAAUGAUUGGGACUGACACCACUGUGAAGCUGAGAAUAGGGGGAACCCAGAUACAUGUAGCUACAGUAGAAUACUUGCUGUGUGGGCUCUGUGCCAGAACUGUUGAUGGUUUACAAGAGCCAGGAGAAGGCUUACUCAUGUACAUAAUGUUUGCUGCAAGUCAAGUCCUGUGUUCAAAUGACUAUUUGACAGCUUUUCAAGCUGUCUGAACUCAAGAUUUCAGGCUUCGUGCUCAUUUUUGGCAGAAAUGUUUCAACAGACCAGUCUUCAUUCUGGCGAAUACAGUCCUACAAACACCUUGCUGUAUAUUGAGUUGAAUUAUUGAGAAUUGGCCUAAUUAUGCUUGACCUAUUAGUGGUUCAAAAUAUUUUCUUUCUUUCCUUUUUUUUUUAGGUUUUUAACAGAAGGGGAAACAGAAAGUCUUCAUCACUGACUUUGACAUGCAUAUGUGAUUGCUCAAAUGGCACUUUUUUUUCAACAUGGAAACGCUGUGUAUGGGAGUACUUCCUGUCUGCACAGUCCUUUGGUGGAUCUCUUAGUGAUUUGCCGUUUCACAGAGAGAAUUGUAUCCUCAAGGUGCUCGUAUAUCAAGUGAAAAAGCUUGGUGCUUAUUUUUCCCCUUUUUAUGUUUUUACUGCUUGUAUUCUAGAUGAAUUGACAUCAAACCGGAAAGACCUGUCACAUCCCUGCUAGGCAUUAAGUAGAAAACUGUUCCACCGAAAAUAAGUAAGGGGGUUUUUGCCUGCUAAGUGUACAUGGAUCAGAAGAAACACUUGAGGUGAAGUCACUUAGGAAGUGAAACAGUCGCUUCCUCGCUCAUCCAUUAGUGAUACAUUAACCUAUUACAGUCAUAGGAAUGAGAUGCUUUGUGUAGUAACGUUCUUUAAAGGUGAUUACUCAUUUGUGGGUCAGUUUCUUUUUGUUAUCCUUAAAUACUAGAUUUGACAGGGAUUUUGUUAAGAUCAGAAAUUUCCAGAGGGGAGGGUGGAGGGGAAAGGAUUUGAGCCAAUAAACUUUGCAUCACAAUUUCAGGAAUCUCUUGUGGAUUAAUCUUUAAGUAAAGGACACUGGCUGACCACUUCUCAUGAAAAAAGCCAAUUUUGGCAUCACCGAUUCAGGUUUGCUCAAUCAGUUAUGCAGGACCUAAAGUCCUGGUGCUGGUAUCAAAAUUCAGCUACUCACCUCAAAAUCCUGGUUUCAAAGGACAACUUGAAGUGUUUUGCAGAUUUUGAAAUCACUCACUGCUAUUCUACAUUUGAAGUCCUGUUUUCUGAUGUAGAAUGACUGUAAAAUUGUGAUUUUAAUGCAAAUAAUUGUUUGUACAUUUGUCUUAUUCCAGAAAUUCUAGAACUGUAAUGAGUUUGAAUUACUACAAACAAUUGCUGACAGUUAGUACUAGUUAUUUGCAUGAAAAGUUCCACUGCACAAAAAAUAUGAGAAGGUGCUUUGUACCCGGUAUGUAACAUUUAAGCCCAUUAUGUAAUUAGCAGUAUGUAAUAUCUGUAACAAGCAGCUGUUUAUAAAGGUAUUUUCAUCCAAAUAAAGAGUCAUAGUGUGCUUUGUGAAAGGUAAAUGUAAGGUUUAUUCAAAAUCUGUGGAGUCAGGUUGGCGUCGUGGUUCUCUCCUCGCCUUCCACCUCUGCAAUCUGGGACUGGGUUCGAUUCC